GGUCUUACAGCUCUCACCAUGAAGAUGGUACACCGCGAUGGUAGGAUCUACCGUAUUGGCAUCAAACGCUAUCCAAACAACGACAAGUAUGAGGGGGAAUUCGUUGAUGGGAGGAGGGAGGGGCGGGGGUUGCUAAUGUAUUCAAAUGGCGACAGCUAUAAUGGAGAAUGGAUGAACAAUCUCUUUCAUGGCAAUGGGAUCUUCAUAACGAAAGAUUUCCACGCGCGUCGUGCAGAUUAUAUAGGUCAACGCUAUGAGGGCGCAUUUGAUUGCGGGCAAAAACAUGGGUACGGACUUUUUCAUAUCGGCGAUGGGGGUGUCUACGAUGGCUACUUCGAAGACAAUCUGUUUCAUGGGCAGGGUGUCCUGCAGGCAGCCUCAGGCGACAAGUUUUCGGGGACCUGGUGCCGUGGCAAAAUCAGUGGCAGCGGUGACAUUGAGUUCGCAAAUGGUGAUGUAUACAAUGGUGAGCUUGUUGGGGGAAAGUUUCAUGGCAAUGGGUCGUUUUCGUACAAAGCAGGGGGAUCUUACCGUGGAAUGUAUAAGCAUGGCGACAUGGAUGGUCUUGGCACGAGAACUUUUGCCAACGGCUCAGCCUAUGAGGGGGCGUUUAUCGAUGGCGCAAUGCAUGGCGAGGGCAUGAUGCACUGGGCCAACAAAAACCAAUAUGUUGGUAUCUGGAAGGAUAAUAUGCCCCACGGCCGCGGGCGCUACACCUGGUCUGAUGGCGGUUUCUACGAAGGCGCGUAUCUUGAUCAAGGCAGGGAAUUACACUCAACUGCAAGUGGCAAACGCAACGGAUAUGGCGUCCGGUGGUGGGUGAGUGGAAAUCGUUACGAGGGUGAAUGGCGGGAUGAUCAAAUGGAGGGCUCCGGCAGGUUCAUUGGGGCACACGGGUCUGUUUAUACAGGCCCGUUUUGUGGGAACCAAAAAUGUGGCCAAGGUAAGGAACAAUGGGGGAAUCAGUUGGGUGUAACUUAUCGAUGCGGUAUGAAAUUUAAGCACAAAGGACGUGGGUACUGUCGCUAUGAGGGAGAGUUUCGAAAUGGCGUCUUCCACGGUCUCUAUGGCCCGUGUCCAGCUUGA